AUGACUGUUCCAGAUGUCUCGCAGUUCAAUCCUCGGACGCAACUGCUCCCUCACAUCGUCGACCACUACGCGAAGGUCAAACCCGACGCCAUCUAUGCCGAAUACCCAGUCUCUCUGAUGAGCUACGACGAUGGCUAUCGCCCGAUCACAUUCAAAGCAUUUGCCAAUGCCAUCAACGGCAUUGCUUGGUGGCUGACUGAGAAGCUGGGUCCUGGUGACGGUGAGACCCUGGCUUACGUGGGGCCUAAUGACUUACGGUACCCGGCAUUGGUAUUGGGUGCUGUCAAGGCAGGAUAUCGCAUGUUUCUUACCUCCCCAAGGAACAGCGUGGCUGCUCACAGUAGCCUGUUCAAUCGCCUCAGUUGCACUAAGCUGGUCACCCCAGUGCCUCAUCCACCACCAGUCAAGGCCAUUCUGGAAGGACAAACGCUGGAUGUUCUGGAGGUCCCUAGUGUCGAUGAGCUGAUCAGCAAAGAAUAUGCUCAUUUUGAGUUCUCCAAGACUUACCCAGAAGCUGCUGGAGAGAUUCUAGCUGUGAUUCAUACGUCUGGCUCCACGGGUAUCCCGAAGCCGAUCUUCUGGAGCCAUGAUAGUGCUUGCAAACAUAUGCACACGACGGUGCUGGAUCCCCCGAAAGGUCACGAGAGCCAAGAUAGCUGGUUGUUUGGCAAGCGGAUAUUCCUCGUUCCGCCACCUUUUCAUGCUGCAGGUUUGGCAUACUCACUGUUCUUAACCAUUCCAGUCGGCACUACCGUCAUUUUUCCGGCAUCUGGGGGGCUUCCCACCGCUGCCUCUCUCGUAGAGGCGAGAAAGAAGACACAGAUUGAUAUUCUUUUGGGUGUUCCAUCAAUCAUUCAAGAAUUCUCCCAGAGCCCGGAGCUCUUGGACUACUGCAGCAAGCACCUCGAUCGCUUAGUUUACUGUGGCGGAGACCUUCCCCAGCCAAUCGGGGACGCCGUGGCAUCCAAGAUCAAACUCAUGAAUCUAUACGGAGCCUCAGAAGUAGGCAUGAUUAGCACUAUUCAUUCCAAAACUAACCGAGAUCCUCGCACGGAUUGGCGAUAUCUUCACAUCAACCCCCGGAUGGGAGCUGAGCUGCGUCACGUCGCCGAUCAAUACUACGAACUCGUGAUUGUUCGAAGCCCAAAGUCUGAAAAACAUCAGCUCUCCUUCACAAUCUUCCCAGAUCAACAGGAAUACCACACCAAAGACCUUUUUGUGCGGCACCCGGACCCUAGUAAGCCGGACUUGUGGCGCUGGGCCGCUCGUGCGGAUGACGUGAUUGUCUUCCUGAACGGUGAGAAGACCAACCCUGUGUCUAUGGAACAGCACAUCGCUGCAUCCAAUCCAGAAGUGACAGCAGUCUUAGUUGCUGGGGCACGUCGCUUCCAAGCAUCUCUCCUGGUUGAAAUUGGCGGAAAAGAUCUCACUGCACAUGAGCGCGCCGCGAUGAUUGAGAAGGUCUGGCCGAGCGUUGAAGAAGCCAAUGCGGUUUGUCCAGCUCAUGCGCGCGUGGCAAAAACACACAUUCUGUUCACAAAGCCAGACAAGCCUAUGCUUCGUGCCGGGAAGGGAACGAUUCAGCGGGCUGCCUCGCUCGAACUGUACACGUCUGAGUUGGAUGCCUUAUAUGCCGAUGCGGACAAACUAUCGCAGGCAACCAGUAAUGGUGAACCUGCUAGACCUGGCCAGGUGGAUGAUCCGAAAGUUCUUUCCGAUUACAUUAGGAGAACAAUUAACUAUGUCACUGGGUGGGAUCUCACAGAUAAUCAAAAUUUCUUCGAGUUGGGCCUUGACUCCCUCCAGGCUAUCACUGCCACUCGGGCUUUCAAGAAUGGUCUUGAUCUCCCGACGCUCACUCCAAACCUGAUUUAUCUCCAUCCCUCUGUGGAUGAACUCACCCAGGCAGUGCUUCACCUGCAGCAACACGAGGAGGCUUCCGCUGAGGAGAAAAAAGAAGCCCAGCUGCAGCAGCGGGAAGAACUACUACAGGAACUCAGUAGCCAGUUCCAAGCGCCCAAGUCCCAUGUGGUCAUUUUGACCGGCUCGACAGGUAACCUGGGCAGCUACCUUCUCGACACCCUCCUACAGUCCCCUUCCGUUACCUACGUGCAUUGUUUGAACCGCAAUCCUGACGCAGAGGCAAGCCACCGCGUAAAACGUAACGGCAUGAAAACCGAUCUGUCUCGCGUGAGCUUCUGGACGGCGGACCUCUCCCAGCCGGACCUGGGUCUGGGACCUGAUGUCUUCAAAACCCUGCGAAACAUUGCCACUCUGAUCAUCCACAACGCCUGGGCAGUCAACUUCAACCUCAGCCUGUCGUCCUUCAAGCCUAACCUCACCGGCGUGGUAAACUUGAUAAACUUCGCUGCCCAAUCACACCAGUCACCCCAUCUCUUCUUCCUCUCAUCCAUUAGCUCCACUAUGGGCCACCACACAAAGACCGGCCUGACCCCGGAAGAGGUGAUCACAACUACGAACCCCGGACCCAACGGCUACGCAGAUAGCAAGUACCUUGCAGAGCAAUUACUAGCGCAAGCGGCUCGCCAGGGCCGAGUGCACGCCUCUUUCGCACGUGUUGGUCAGAUAGCGGGCCCGGUCCGCUCAAAGGGAGUAUGGAACCAGACUGAAUGGUUUCCGAGCCUCGUUCGCAGCUCUUUUCACCUGGGUAUCUUGCCUGAUACACUCGGACCAGCCCUCAAUCGCAUCGACUGGGUACCGGUUGAUCUGCUCGCUGAAGUCCUAGUGGACUUGGCAGUGGCUGGUCAAGGCGUGGGAACCAGGGGUGUCCAGGUGUACCACCCACUGAACCUGCACCCGGUAGACUGGGAGGUCAUUCGUCCAAUGGUCGCUGAAGCUCUCUUUAAGGUUUCCAGGAAGACUAUCGAGACUGUCCCCUUUAAUGAGUGGGUGCAGCGCGUCCGGCAGGAUCUGGAGAUGGCUGGUAGUACCGGCGAGAAGAUGAGUGACGAAGAGCUGCAGAAACGAUUGGCCAAGAAUCCAGCUGCAAAGUUGCUGGAGUUCUUUGAGGGGAUUAUGUCCCAAGCUGAGCGGGCGAAUGUGCUGGAUACAAGGCUGACGGGACAGAUCAGCGAGAAGUUGCGGGCUGUGGAUGCGGUGAAGCCGGAAUGGAUUUAUAUGUGGGUGGAAGGGUGGAUUCGUCGCGAGUUGGUCGUGGAUUGGUCAUGUUUCGCCCGUGAGUCGGGUGUGUGGAAACGCACCUAA